AUGAUGACACAGAAAAAGGCUAGUCCCGCCGCACCUCCAGUAGACCGGGAUGGCUGUUUAUGCCGCCAGCAGGGGGUAGGUUUCUCCCGUCAAUAUGCGGUGGGGACUGUGAUCAGUGAAAUGGUCUUUGCGAGCAGCAGAUUUGACCCCAUAUACAAGAAGCCCUGUUUGCCCCUUGGCGCAAGGACAGAGAUUCACCUCUAUCAGCCGCUGUUUCGGUGAAUGCUUGAGGCGUGCCGCCACUUUUUUGAAGCUUUUAUCAAAAAGCUGAUUCUUUCGAGGCCAAAAGUAAUUGUUCAUGCGUCCCCGCCCCCCGGGCGCAUUACCCGCCGGAUUCGACGCACGGUUCAUGAACACUGCUGCUGCUCUCGGAAGUUUCCUGUACCAACCAAACAGCUGUGUUGCACGUGUGCUACCUGGGGUCUACCGUACGUCAGCCACUGCGUCCUUGCCGAUAUCUCAUCGUCUCGGUCCACUCUUGCCGCAGUACGGGAAUAGGGAUACCGUGCAUGUGAGGAGAGUAGUGUUGGCACAGCGGUGGUGGUGUUGGUGGUGGUGGUAGUGGUGGUGGUGGUGUUGGCGGCGGCGGCGGCGGUGGUGGUGGUGUGAAUAGGGAUACCGUGCGUGUGAGGAGACGGUAAUUUAAGUAUAGCGCAAGUCGCUUCUCUGUAAUCGAUAGUGGACGGCGCUGUUGGUGGUGGCUGAGGUGGUGAUCUUUUUUGGCUGUCACGUACAGUGGGUGAUGUGUUCACUAAAGUGCCAACUGAAAUUCCGCAAUCUGCUUUCGAUUAGGAAGGGUUACUUAAGUGCGGUUGUAAUGACUGAUUAUUAUGCAGCAGGAUUCCAAGGCAUUUCUGUCGCGCCCGUAUGCCGGCUUUCGCAUGCACUUCUUUCGGACCGCCUCCGAAAACCGCACUCUCAAAAUUGAUUUUUCUCAUGUAGUACUACUAGUUUUUCCCUUUUUUUCGAUGCCUUUGUGAAUUCAAGCGCACUUUGUAGAAAACGUUCGCAAAAUAUUCCUUUUUGCACCCACUUAGUCGAAAAUUGCGUCAUCUAAUUUCUUAUUUGAAGAAUGAUUAGCCACCAGUUUAAAAAGUACAUAGAUGCCGAGAUAAUUCUGAGCACGACCUGCCGUCGCGCUUGCAUCCAAGGUCUCCGAACCACAAGCUGCACACCUUCCAUCUAGGGAAAAUCAUGCAUUGCCCUAUGUUAUUAAGAAGAUGCCAUAUAGAGUUUAUAAAAUUUUGCAAUGAAUAUGAACCAUGUUGCAUACCUUAGAAAAGCCUUACUAAACCGACUGAGACGGUCUUACAAAGUCCCAUUUGUGCAAACUCUUAUAACCGAAACACGCCAUUUCUUUGAGCAUAACAUUUAAGAAAGACAUGAUUUGCCUGUCGUACUAAAGGAAUCGUAAAUCUUCGAAAUGAUCGUGCUACUUAAGUUGUCAUUUCUUCACAGUUUGCUUUAUGCAGGCGGCCGGAAGAAUGCGCAUUCAAACGCCGACAUCCUAGCUUAACUGAAAUGUAUUUCUUCCAGUUGUAAAAAGCAUUUUUGAAAUUGGGAUACGUCAUCUACUGCUCACACUACUAAAAUCGUAGUUUUCCCCGACGCAAUUUACUUAGGGAGCUGAAAAAAAAACACCCAAGAACCACCAUACUCUAUUGCGCGAAUGUAUUUGAGAUUGUUCCACGUAUGGAGGCUUCAAAAUCUCAGUAAGGUCAUUUCCCCGUCAAUGUUUCCCGCAUUUCCACACAUGCUGUGCGCUUAUUCUGAUAUCGACAGAUUUCCUAAAGUUCGCUUCAAGAAUUUAUUCGAUAACUGCAAGCCACUGGUCAUGUCUCCUGCGAAAACCUAGCACCUAAAUCUCAUUUAAACCAUGAUUUUCCGUCCUUUUAAGUUGUUUCUUUUCGGAGGACAUACUACGGAAACUGUUUAAAAUUGAAUUUCUCCGUCCAUUCUAUUUAUAAGAACACUUUUUUGUGCGUCUGAAUGUAUAUGAGUGUAUAGAGUGUUCUCACAGCACUCUGAUUUCUCAGUCGCAGGCGUUUGUUAAUUUUCGCACACGCGCGCACGGUUAUCUUAGUUUCCCCACAUCUGCAGGGCUUUUCAAACCUCUCUUACGUAGGAUUGCGCUCAAUCAGUGCAGAUUCUGGCGCCUCCAGUUGUGAUUUAGACUCUGUUUCUGUGAAUUUAGAUACUACCGGCAGAGAGGCUGGCCUUGGCUCGGGCCUUGGCUUCGCCGACCUUGCAGUCGGGCUGCCUUCCACAGAUCUUUUUCCGCCUCACCUCUACCACCUCAGACACAGAUGCUCCACUCGGUUUGGCGGCCAACCGCCUCCUCUUCCAUGUGCCGCGUCUUCGAAAUCCCCUGCGUCGGGGCGAGGGUCUCGGAGGUGCGGUGGCCGGUCGGCUCUCCUACCUGCGUCGCUGCGUCACCGCGCUGGUGGACCAAGAACGCAUAGAGUUGCCCUGGCCCGUUGCCACGGAGACGCGGCAGUACUGCGAACGGCUGAUUCAGGAGGCUCUGCGGACAGAGCUGGUGACGGGUGAUUUGUCGAAGAUUAGCGACUUGGAGGAGCUCUUCGGCCCCCGCUGGCAACAGGCUCCGGAACUGAGCGCUUUCCUGGAGCUCUCGGCCUUUUGGCUGCAACGACCAGAGCUCAUCACAAAGAUGCUUAAGGUGUGAUUCUCAAACAUUUCGCAUUUGUUUUGACCUGAUUUACAUCCUGCCUACUUUGCCGUGUCUCCUUAUUACUCGAAUUUCAGUCUGUGAUCAACAUCCAUCAACAGCUGUUGUCUGAUUGGGAAAACCAUUUUGCCUGCAAAAAAGUGACAGACUAUAUUCUGGACAGUUCGAUUCCGACAUUUUGACCGUCGUUGCCGACGAUGUCCACCGUGUGCUCCACCGAAAGCUGAAGCAUACAGGGUGACUUGCUCGUGAAUUAGUUUAUAGUAGAUGUAGACUUGCGCAGCACCUACCACACCCUCUCCUCCCCGCUCCUCACCUGGACCCGGUGUCAAGACAGAGUCAGGAAUACCGGAGGCGGAGGAAAGCGCAGGUGGACGGCGCCGUCGAGCCUGCGCCUUGGCGUUCCACUCCAUACCCCCUGGUCCGCGCAGCGAAUGACCAGGUUUUUUGACCGUCAACAACAACACCCCAACAGGGGUCAGAAGGACGAGGAUGAUGGCUGGACAGCCAUGUCCACCACUUUUAUACCCAGCAAAAACGCAAGCGCAUUAACCGGCAGGGAACCAGGUGUCAGGGAACUGCCAGCGCAUGCAAGGCUGGGAUGGCCAUUGUUUUCUGAUACUGGCGUAGCACACGCAUACGAACCUUUUGACCCAGAAGGUCGACACGUGGUCCUGCAUUUAGCCCGGGCCGUCACCCUUCAAGGUUGGGUAACCGAACAGUCAUCGACUGAGACGCACUACCCAUAAGGCAGUUCGAUCCCACUCGAGUGCACGCUCACACUCUCAGUCCGUCCCACAUUUAGAUCUGGGGGGGGCCUCUGGACGAACUGUGGCAAAGAAAAAGGAGGCUGUCCUGGCGAUAAUACCUGCGGAGAAUCUUUUGACAUUUCAACCAUUAGUUUCGACCAUGUCCACCGUGUACACCGCACAGCAAGGUGAAAACGGGGACGGUGGCUUACGCCGGAAUUAGUUCAUAGUGAUAGUAGGCUUGCGCCGCAUCUACCGCACUCUCACCUCCACUACCUGGAUGCGGUGUCAAGACAGAGUCAGGAAGACCGGAGAUGGAGGGAGGGCGCAGGUGACUGGCACGGCGUAAACCCUCACCUAGGCGUACCACCCCCGGUCCACUUAACCAGCAUUUCAAACAACAAAUAAUGGGAGGACGGCAGAGACCUCAGUAAACGUAAAUCCGCAACUGUUCCUGUCGGCAUUUGUCAUGGGUACGCAUUCCAAAAGACGCUUACCGUAAUCCGAUGUAGCCCCCGUGUCGGUCCAACGCAUCUACCAUGUCUACCGUUCUGGGGUGCACGGGGAAUCUCUUACUGGAGCAUAUACCGCCAAGCACAUAUUCGUGUAGUUCCUAUUGCUUUCACUGCAUCCUUAAACCUGGUUGGAACUGGCGCCAGGAGACCUCCGUAGACGCUGACCAGGACCAGUGCGUCUGUACAGGAGGGCGCAUUAUCAGCUGCCAGAUAACCGCCGUUCGACAGGGUUGUAUCCUGCCACCCCUUCUGUUCAACUAUGCUAUGGACUGGAUCCUCGAGAGGUCUCUAUACGAGGGUGACGGCUUUGAGUUUGCACCCGGACACCGGCUGACUGAUCUCGACUAUGCCGAUGAUAUCGCCUUACUUGCUCCAAAUUUUGGUGAUCUGCAGUCUGCGGUGUCACGGGUGAACGAGGUCGCUAAAUCGGUCCAUAAACGCUGGGAAGACUAAAGCGUCUUCAAGCUGCAUCCCUGACCAGGAGAAGGCACUCCUCGGGAUUUAUGGCUGUCAACUUGAAGAAGUGGACAGUUUUAAAUACCUCGAGGCGAGGCUGCUGCCUAAUGGACAGAGUAAGGACGACAUCGUCUCCAGAACCAAUGCUGCCUGCUGGGUUUUCUCAAGCCUUCGGAAAUGCCCAUGGACCCGACCUGACCUCUCCAUCGCCACUAAAAUUAGCGUGUACCGUGCAUCUCUCCGGCAUGUCCUUCUCUACGGUUGUGAUUGCCGGGCUGUACGUGUGGAGGACGAGCGAAAACUGGAGGUAUUUGACCACCACUGCUUGAGGACCAUCCCUUGAGUGAAGUUGACCCACUUCGUCUCAAAUGGGACAGUCCGCGCUCAUUGCGACAACAUCGCAAGGAUAACUCAGGCCAUCAAAGAAAGACGACUGAGGUGGUUUGGGCAUGUUCUGCGUCGUCCACCUCAGGAGCUCACUGUUACUGCCCUUGAUCCGGCACCAUUGCCCCAUUGGAGGCGUCGAAGAGGGGGUCAACUCAAAACCUGCCUAGACACAGACAGUCAAGACAUGGAGGUGGUUCUUGGACCUUCGGUAUUCGGUCUACUUCGUUGGCGAAGGGAAUGGGUUGGGCUGUCCAGAUCUGCUGCCGCGGAUCGUCACGCGUGGCGAGGUACAGUUCGUGACAUCAGCGAGGCUGGCUAGACCAGGCAUGAUCGCAGCCGUAUCAAGUACAAGUAACCACCGUAGCGAAAGCCAACCAGCAAGAUAGCACAAUCAACGGAACUGCUUUCAACAAUGAGCAGCCCAUGUCGGCCGGUGUACGUGCAACACCUGCGACUGCAGUGCGAGACACUUCGGAUGGAGAAUUCGGUGUGGCAGGUGUGAAGCCUUGGGUCCAAGUACGCUCCAUCAGUUACAUUUGUCACAGUCCCACUGUGGAAUCUGUCCCUUCCGGUCGAUAACCCUUUAGGUUGUCGCCACCUCCCCCCCUUGCGGUGAUGCGAAUGAGGUGCCAAUUUUGGGAUUUAUCAUGCAAACUCGCCUUAGCAAAUCGAAACAGGUAGGCCCGAUUUACUGAAAGAGGUUUAGCUAAGAUACCCCUUUUAAAGAGGAAGUCUAAUCUGUUCAAUUCACUGGUAAUGUUUAAACUCAAAAUUCCUACAGUCACCCCCAGGGCGUGCAUUCUAACUAUCACAGCUUCCCGCGUAUUCCAGGUUCUGGUGCCACGCUACCGAUUCUACAACCGCCCCUUCACCCAACUCUAUCGACUCCAACGGCCUCCCUACCCCGACAAGUUUGCCUACAUUGCCCAGGGCUUUGGUGUCCUCGAACUGCAUGGGAACCCCUGGCCGCCGAUUGGUGCUCCCCACUUGCCCAAACCGGUCGCCGCCGCCACCGGCUCCCCUAUCUCCACGCAGCCCUUCAAGGAGAAGUACUUUAUCAAUAUCCUGGUGAAUGCAGCACGCCAGGCCAACGCCCAAUCAAAACGGCGCUCCUAUCCGCACUCGUAG